GGGUAAUAAAGUAUUGGCGCCAUAAUGGUGACCUCCGAGUGAAUCUCGAGCCUCCACGAGGACCCUUCGGGCUCUCAUGGGGUGUUAAGGUCAAGUACGCAAUCAAUUUGAAGUUGGCGAAUGGAGUUCAAGCGACAUCGAAGUCCGUCGUCCAAUCACCUAUGGCAUGAUCUCUCUCAAUGGAAGUAAUCGGGCGGAAAUUGAGAUCCGCGUGCGCAUUAAUUCAUCGUCAGGCUUGCCAAAAAAAGAUCUUAAGUGCUUCGACGAGCCGGUGGAGGACCUGACUGAUGUGGUGCUUAUUGUUGAAGAUCGGAAGUUCCAUGUUAUUAGAAAGUUCCUGGCCUCCCAUUCGUCCUACUUCAAGAAUCUUCUGCUCGGAAACUUCCCAGAGCCCGGAGGUGACGCUACCAGGCGUUAACGCUGCGGAUUUUCAGAAUUUCUUGGAAGUUCUAUAUCUAGAACCAGCUAUUGAUGAGAACACCGUUAUUGGGAUUCAUCACCUGGCAGACAUGUACGAUGUGGAGCCAGUUGUCCGAAAGUGUGAAAAGUUUCUGAUAGAGAAGUCACAGCUGACCGUCAAUGAGAAGCUCCAUUUUGCGAUGCAACACAGAAUGGAGAAUCUGAAGGAAUACUGCCUUUCGAAAAUCAAACUUUGGACGAUAUCCGCUCAGUUCUACCGGCUGACCUGACCCAAUUGGAUCCUUCGCUAGCAACUGUUCUUCUCGAGAAAGCAGUGGCUCAGAAAUCUCAUUCGUCGGAUGGUUGGCUUAAUUGUAAUGGUUUGCAUGAUGCCUAAACCUCUUCGCUUGAAAAAUGUCCGUUUUAAUUAAGGGAUUUUCAUGAAUAAAAGUUACCAAGUUA